CCCGGUUCCCCAGAUUACGAGUCUACCGCUCUUAACCACUACACCACACUGGCUCCAGCACCUUGUUCUGGAAAACAAUUUCCUUCUGAAGCAGCCGCAAACCACCACUGCCACAACUAUGAAGGCCACUUCCUUUUCUUCUGGCGAUAAUAAAGUAAUGUCACAUCCAUUUCUUCACAUCUAGGUGGCACCUACUGCUGCGGCCAUGCUAGAUGCUGACAAAUUAGGGAGCACAGCAAGCAUGGCUGGCAAGUGUCCUCCUUUGUAUGAGAGCCCAACUUAAAUGACAAUGGCAAAUACCUUAUCAACAGCAAGUAAUGCAAAGUGAUUGGUUGGGGAGAGAUGGAGGAUGUUCAAAGGUUGCUACAACAUUCCAUGCACUAUCAUCUGUCUGCACUACAGGGGACUGCUGCAAAAUAAGAGGAGCAGAACACAUCAACAGCAUCUACACAUUCUUCCAGGUUCCCCUCCCCAGGGCAAUCUCCAUGUCCAUUGAUCAGGUAGGAGAUGUGCAGUUGAGUUUGCAUUAAGGUAUUAACAAUGGCUUACAAAGCCCUAAAUAGCUUGGGACCCAAAUACCUGCAGGAGUGCCUCUUCCAUUACCAGCUAACCUGCUCCUUAAAAUCAGGUGGCAGCAGUUCUUCUUGUAGUCCCCACUUGGAUUUUGGGGAGGGUGGUUGUAUAUAGAAAGGCCUCCUUGGUAGGACUGAAACUUUGGAACGAUCCUCCUACAAAUGUAUGCCAUUAUUGUUGGCCUAAAGGUGUCAACUGAAUACAUUUCUAUUUUUCCAUAGUUUCGUAGAUUGACGGUGGGACAUUUAAUCCUCAGCAAGAAUAUUUGAAUUGGUGUUUUAAUGAGUUGCUGCUAUUUCUUUUUAGUAUUAUGAUUUUUUGUUUGAUGUACAUUGCCCUGAAUUCCUUUGGAGGAAGGAUGGUUUAUAAAUAUUUUAAAUAAACAGAAGAACCGCUAGGAAGCAAACCUGACAGCCCAAUCACCCUACAUGGUGGAAACAACAUGCUUCACACGGUACAGUCCUGGGUGACAUUCAAGGAGUAGUUGAGGAAGGCCAUACAGAAGAAUGGGUACCUGCUUGUGCAACUACAAAACAGACAUAUCGAGGCUGUGGAAGGUAUUGAUUGCUGAUCACCUGGACCCACAGUUCCACGACACCUCUGGCAACUAGGUGUGGGGAGAUGGUCCUCUGGAAAUAAAAUCGAGAGAGCAUGUGACGGGUAAGAAGAAGCUUCCUCUUGAGUAGCAGCACUUUGUUUGCCUUUCUCCCAGUCGUAUAAAGCUGUUUCUUAUCAUACUGAUCUUGGGCUCUAGGUUCCAGGAAGCUUACAGCUUUCAGAUUUUUCCUCCCUCAAGCAAAAAGAUGUGCUACAUUUCACAUCCAAUGCAAUUCUACUGCCUUUACAUUUGAGCCUCAGGGCAGAUCAGGCUUCACAAGUUAUGUUCCUCAAAUAAACAGACAGGAAAGAUGCCCGUUUCUGGAUAAUUCACAACAACUCAUAAAACAAGAUCCAUGUAAACAGUCCAGGACCGCAAAGUUCAAAGGAGCACAAGCACCUUUUUGGUGAAACUGUCAACAUCAAGCUGAAUAAGUGCAUUGAGGCUCUAGCCAAUGAAGCGCUGAUUGAAGUACCCCAUGUGCAGUAGAAGGCCAUAUCUCCAAUCUGGCUGGUUGGGACCACUGCUCACCGCCUUCCUCCUCCUGUCUAGCCUGGAAAUCCACUCCUGCUGCUUCUGCCACCGCCCAAAUUAGGAUGCAGGAGGAGCAGAGCAAUGAUAAGGAAGAUGGCCCAAAGUGGCAGCGAGCAAACCUGCUGAUCCACUGUUUCCUCCACAAAGCAGGCAGCACCAACAGGGCUUCUCCUGUUGAUUCUAGGUCCCAAGAUUGUUGAUAUUGAUGGAGGGGCUUUUUUAAGCACUCUGGUUCCAAGUCAAUUAGGACUUGAUACACUGAUGCUAACACUUUGAAGGGAGCCCAGUAGUUCACUGGUGGGCAGAGCGGGGAUGCUGGCUCUAGGGCAAAUAGGAGUUGGAGUCCAAGAAUAUUUGGAGGGCCACAGGAUUCUCAGUUGUGGGGCAUUUAUGAUGGUGACUGCCUAAUACUGCCCAGAGCAGUAGUUGGGGCACUGUUGCUUCUGCCUGUCAUUGCCACCAGAAGGUCCUGCCCAAGGCCCCAUAAGACAUGAAUGGGCCCAGCAGCCAAUGCUGCCUUUCAGACAAAGUGAUCAGGAAGGGAAAAGAAAUAGGCCCAUGAUGGCCUGGACCAGGAAAUAAGUUUUCUUGACUUUUUAAGAAAAACCUUGCAUACCUAAAAACCUUGCAUGUACAGGCACAGCCAGUAUAAUUGGAAAAGGAAGACCUAACCAACUUUGGGAUGUGAGUCAAUCUGAGAUGACUGUCCAGAGGGCAAAUUGGAUUAAACUGUGUAAAUGCACCUGUGCUCACAAGAUGUCACUCAUUCUCAUCUGUUCGCAAGUCACUCAUAGGAAGGAAGCAGUGUGACUAUAUCUGCUUAAUCAAAUGUGUAUAUGCUGUGUUUUUGCUUUACUCCAAAAGCACACGGUUUCUAAUUUUCAUUGCUUUAGCUAGCAAGAAAACAAAAGUUGGUCAUUGAAGUGGUCAUCUGCUGUUCACAUUGGUUCAGUAUUUCACUAGUGAGCAAGUAAAUGUCCAAAAAGAAAUAUUUGGUCUCAAAACUGAAUGACAUUUAAAAGAAAAGAAAAGAAAAGAAAAGAAAAGAAAAUAUCACUAAUUCUUAUCAUACCAUGGCUGAAGUGGUGCAUAUAGUGCUUAUUGUAAAAGGCUAGGUAUUCAGCCAUUGUGAAGUGCCCACAUCUUAACAAUAGACUAUUGAAUAGGUAAAUGAAGCUCAGACUGUUUCAAUAGUACCACUGUUGACGGGAUCCAGUCAAAACCAUCCAGCAAGCAGUGAGUUAACUAACCAGCCCUUUGGAAGAGGAAAUGGAGGGUUGUGCUGUCUGAUUAUAUUGACAGCCACUGUGGGCAUAUAUUAAGGAGCAGAAAAGUCAUAGCUUCAAAGUUUGUGUAGCUCUGUAGCUGUCUCGCUUUUGUCUUGCAGUUUCAAGAUCCAGCAUGCUGCAUCAGAUAGCCUUGCUGGCCACUGUUACUGUCCUGGGAGUCUUGGAACAAGCCUAUUUUGCCAUGCAGGUGAUCUACGUUCGGCGGAAGUGCAAAGUCUCUCCUCCUGUGACUUCAGGUCCACCAGAAUUUGAAAGGAUCUUCAGAGCUCAAGCAAAUUGCACCGAAUACUUCCCAAUAUUUCUUUCACUCUUGUGGGUGGCUGGAGUCUUUUCCCAUCAAGUUUUGGCUGCAUGCUGUGGGGUUCUUUAUCUGAUUGCUCGCUACCAGUACUUUAGUGGAUAUGCACGAUGUGCUCAAGGAAGACUCGCCCCCUUGUACCUCAGUGCUGGAGUUCUUUGCAUUCUUAUUGGCUUGUCUGUGACAGGGCUCCUUGUCUAUUUUGUGCCACUCCCACAUUUUCUAUUCCCGAAGUGAGCUUCUGAGUCAGCGUCUACUGCCCUUCUGCUGGUAAAUUAUCCUGCUUAUGACACCAUAGGUUUCAACUUUCCAACAUUCAUUUCAUUUCUUUAAAUUAAAAUGAUUGUACAUCUUUCUUCCUUUUUUAAAAAAGCAAUUUUGUGACGGCUUCUACAUUUUCUUAGCUGUGUUGUGGUUACAACAGCUUUUACAUUAAAAGUGACAUUGGGUCAA